UGAAACAUUUCUUUACUUUAUUAUGGUUUUUUUUUCAUUACUCUAUGUUAUUUUAUAAAGGUAUAAGCAUAAAAAAAUUCUACUGCAAAAGCGGAGCGAGGUUUUGUUUACGUUUACUCGGUGUCGUCCUGUCAAUCAAACGGGAAGACGAAUCACUGCUCUCGAUGGGCGGGAACAUUUAAAAAGCGGCCGACAUAAAUUCUUGAGCGCGCCGCAUUGUGCUCACUGCUCACAGUUUUAGCACCUUGGACUUGCCUGCGUAGUUAUAAAGGAUGAGUGAUGUUUUGACAGUUAAAAAGCCUAAAAUUAAGUAAUUAAUGUGAUUAAACAAUAGGCCUACUAAUUAUAGAUGAGUACAUAUGAAUCUAGUGUAUAUAAGUAGUACAUUAUCUGUCGUCAUGGGCAACAAUGAAGUUGUAAAAUCGCUGGAUAUAAUGGGAGACAGUAAUCAGAGUGGUGUAAUCAACAGAUCCAUCAGUGAUCGCUUUAAAAGCCUGGAAGACAUUGAUGUGUCCGCCGAUGGGAGUCCGGUGUUGAGGUGCAUGAUCUCCAUCACCUACUCGGUUGUUUGCGUAGUAGGUUUGAUCGGCAACCUGCUGGUCUUCUUCUUCAUACGCGUGAAACGAGAGAGACGCACAUCCAAAAUAAACUUUUUCAUCCUCAAUUUGGCCGUAACAGAUUUUCAGUUUGUGUUGACUUUGCCUUUCUGGGCCGUAGACACAGCGUUGGACUUCAGCUGGCCGUUUGGGGACGCCAUGUGUAAGAUCAUCCUGUCAGUGACUGUGAUGAACAUGUACGCGAGCGUCUUCUUCCUGACCGCGAUGAGCAUCACACGCUACUGGUCAGUGGCUUCAGCUCUGAAGGACCGCAGCAGACAGACCAGCUGCUCCAUCAGGUGGGUCAGUGUCGUCCUGUGGUCUCUGGCCACCGUAGCCACCGCGCCAACGUCCAUUUUCUCCACAGUCACUACCGUGGCCGGCGAAAAACUUUGUUUGUUGCGGUUCCCCGACGGACAGUAUUGGUUGGCAGUCUAUCAUCUCCAGAAAAUACUAAUUGCUUUUAUUUUGCCAAUGGCAAUAGUCUCCAUCAGUUACCUGCUGCUGUUGAGGCUCAUCCGACUACGGAGCAUGAAGAGCAACUCCAAAAGAAGAACGCAAGUCACAAAGUCCGUCACCAUAGUAGUCUUGUCGUUCUUCCUCUGCUGGAUGCCCAAUCAUGCCAUAACGUUGUGGGGCGUGCUGGUGAAAUUCAAUGCGGUGUACUGGGAUAAGUCGUACUAUAUCGUUCACACCUAUGUGUUUCCGGUGACUGUGUGCCUGGCGCACGCAAACAGCUGUUUAAAUCCGUUUAUUUACUGUCUGAUGCGCAAAGAAUUCAGGAAAAAACUAAAGAACCGGUUUCUCCGAGUCUGAGAAACAAGUGCACGCGCACCCCGCGCGACUCAAUCCUGUGGAACAAAUGUAUUCAAUGAGUUAUUUGAAACAAAAUGUAACUUUCAGUCAUUGUUUACUCACCCUCAUGUUUUCCGAGCCUUUAUGACUUUAUUUCUUCAGUGGAGUUCAAAAGGAGAUGUCAGUUCACAGGUUUGGGACAACAUGAGGGUGAGUAGCCAAAAUAAUGACAGAUUUGUUAUUUUGGGCAAACUGCCUCAACAGUAUAUUCGUUUGUUGUACAUAAAUUGUAUUGUGUGAAUGUCUUUGUAUUACCUCGUGUUCUUGUGGAAUAUUGUUUUCAAAUAGGCUAAUCGAGAUAAAAUGUUAGCCUACAUUACUUUUACAUUAAAACCAACACUUCAAAACACGCAGCUAAAUUAAAUUUAGUGGCUCAAUUUCAAUGCACUAAGGACUGAUAUGCUCUACUGAUAUUUUUAAAUUAAUACCGUAUUGUGCACUUUAGAUCUCAAUUAAUUGUGUAGGCCUAUAUAUUGUUUUUAAUAUUAAAUUAAAAUAUUAAAAUAAAUUAAAAUCUGACUUAGUAAACACAGAAUAUAUAAGAGAGCAUGGAUGUUGUUGGGGAGGAUUAUGCUUUAGUAAGUAUUAGGCUUUGAUUUAAAAGUCCAGUUUGUGUUUUCCCUAGUAGUGUUUUUGUAUGUUAGUUUAAUACAUUGUUCAAAAACUUCUUAAAAAUGUUUUGUUGUGAAUUUGAUCCUCUAAAGUCAAAUUCCAAUAUCAUAUUUUACAAUACAAGUUGUUGGGGUAACAAGUGGACUAAUAAAACUAGACACACUGACACUAUAGAUUUUAACCAAAAGGCUGAAUUGUGUUUUGAGGACAAAAGUAUUUUGCAUAAAUGUCAAGCCCUGUUCUACAUGUUACAAUUUUACACAGCGUAUUAAAUAUUUGUUGGCCAAAAUUUUGGUUUGAUAUUGUAGGGUACCUUUGACAUCUUUGCAAUUUCACAAUUUUUCAUUUUAAUUUUUUUUUUUUUUUUUUUGCAUAGUUAUUUUUACUGUUUAAAUUUAGCUGAGAAGCCUAUAAUAGGCUGUUUAAUGGUCAGUUCCAUUAUGACAGCUUGCCCAGCUAUGAAAUUCAAUAGCCUGAGAAAGAUUAAUCAGGGUAAACAUUGUGACCACAACUAGCCUCCGUCUCCCCUAUGUUGCUAUUUUCAUCAUAAGCCAUUUAGAAUUAUUAAAAAUAUCUGCAUGCCCCUCUCUCAUAUCCAGUCUCAUUCUCAAUUAGCAUUACUGACAGACACUCCCACAAGCUCUCAGCCAAGAUACCACUAUCCAUCCUGAUCAGAGCUUUGCGAAUCAAAGUAUUCUGCAAUUCAUUAGGCAAAAAGCAUAAACGUUUCAUUUAGUCGAGCAAGGCCAUGUCAGUUUCUUCAGAACAUGUUCUUGUGUCCUGUAGAAGUGACAGCUCUGCGGCAUGCAGUUAAUUACCCAGAAAGGGGCGAUCAGGUUCAUGACCGAUGAGAAUACUUAACGUCUUGUUAAAUUGUGGUUGCUUUAAAUCACUUACAUAGUAAGCUAAUGAUGGUCAUUUGCAGGCAAUUUGGAAGAUUUGAAAAGACAGUACAUCUGCUGCUGUUUACCGUCACACUCACACAGGAGCCUUUUAAUGGACACCCGGCACAGAAUUGAUGCUCUUGACGAUGUCCUGUUGGUUAUGAUACAGUACGUCACACUCCCGUGUUCAGACUGUAGAGGGUAACGGACUGUGAGGAACAGUCAAUCUUUUUUAGAUGCAAAUAUUUUUCCACUGAAGCCAAACCAAAAGUAUCCUUUAAAACAAAGCCGUAGGCACAGUUAUGGCUCCUAUAACUCUGCUGCUCUCAUUUUAUGUGUGCACUUAAAUGUCAUUUGAAUACUAUUUGUAAUGGGAAAAAAACAGAAAAAUUCUGCAUGUGUAAUUGAAGGUCCUGUUUGUGUACACACUGUGUCUAUUCAAAGUAGCCCAUAUGUUUUGACCAGUACUGCUGCUACAACCCUUUUUCAUGUGAUGUGGUCACACAUGUGGAGGUAUGGAAUGGACUACCUUCUCGUUUCUGUUAAACGACUCUUGGUUUAAUCCAGGGUUUACAUUACUGUGCUGUGUGGAUGUAAAUCUGCCAGAUUGCCUAUGAAUGUUUGUCAAUAUUACAAAAUUCGCUUUGUUCUCCCGCUGAGUGUGCUGAUAUAAUCAGAUCCCCACUGUUAACAGGAUUUCCUGUGGAGACAGGGUUUCCUAUUACAGACUGAGUUAGGAGUUAUGUUGUAAUAGUCAUUUCUUAAUGCACAUCAUCAUAUCAACAUAUUCCCAUGAUGAUCUAGAUAAGAAUUUUACACAUAUUAAAAUUUAAUUUGCCCCCUUAAGUUCCACCCACAGCAUUUCACUAAUAUUGCUGUCUGCCUUUGGACUUAUUCAGUAACAAUAUAAACCAAAAAGUAGAAGUGAAUGUACUGUACUGCAUGUAUUAUAAUCGACUUGCUUGUAUUUCUGUACAGUUACCUCUGUUGUGAUUUCUUCUUAUUAUUAUUAUUGGGCCUGAUUGUUUGACCUUUUUAAAUGAACGGUGAAAUACAUUUAAUCAUGUCUGUGUUUUGAUCAUUGUUGUGAGAUUUCAAAGUCUGACAAUGACUCAUAAUAAAUUCU